AAAUCAGCAUGUUUAUUAUUUUUAAAAAAUUAGGGUCUGGAUUUUGACAAUGUCAAGAUUUACAGUAUAUCCCUGUUUGUUUUGGAUACACCAGUGACUUCCACUUCUAGAAGACAAAGUUCUAUUACUUAAACAACCAAAGACAGAGUCUCGCUCUUCGCCCAGGCUGGAGUGCAGUGACGCGAUCUCGGCUCACUGCAGCCUUCGCCUCCCAGGUUCAAGCUAUUUCCGGCUAAUUUUUGUAUUUUUAGUAGAGAUGGGAUUUCACCAUGUUGGCCAAGCUGGACUUGAACUCCUGAUCUCAAGUGAUCCGCCCACCUCAGCCUCCAAAAGUGCUGGUAUUACAGAUAUGAAACUAUCCAUGAAGAAAAAUGUUAUCAAUACACAGCAGUCUUUUGUAACCAUGCCCAAUGUGAUUGUACCAGAUAUUGAAAAGGAAAUACGAAGGAUGGAAAAUGGAGCAUGCAGCUCCUUUUCUGAGGAUGAUGACAGUGCCUCUAUAUCUGAAGAAUCAGAGAAUGAAAACCCUCAUCCAAGGGGUUCCUUUAGUUAUAAGUCACUCAGAAAGGGAGGACCAUCACAGAGGGAGCAGUACCUGCCUGGUGCCAUUGCACUUUUUAAUGUGAACAACAGCAGCAAUAAGGACCAGGAACCAGAAGAAAAAAAGAAAAAGAAAAAAGAAAAGAAGAGCAAAUCAGAUGAUAAAAACGGAAAUAAAAAUGACCCAGAGAAGAAAAAGAAGAAAAAGGACAAAGAGAAGAAAAAGAAAGAGGAGAAAAGCAAAGAUAAGAAAGAAGAGGAGAAGAAAGAAGUUGUGGUUAUUGAUCCCUCAGGAAACACAUAUUACAACUGGCUGUUUUGCAUCACAUUACCUGUUAUGUACAACUGGACAAUGGUUAUUGCCAGAGCAUGUUUUGAUGAACUUCAAUCUGAUUACCUAGAAUAUUGGCUCAUUUUGGAUUACGUAUCAGACAUAGUCUAUUUAAUCGAUAUGUUUGUACGAACAAGGACAGGUUACCUAGAACAAGGACUGCUGGUAAAGGAAGAACUUAAACUCAUAAAUAAAUAUAAAUCCAACUUGCAAUUUAAACUUGAUGUUCUGUCACUGAUACCAACUGAUUUGCUGUAUUUUAAGUUAGGGUGGAACUAUCCAGAAAUUAGAUUAAACAGGUUGUUACGGUUCUCUCGUAUGUUUGAGUUCUUCCAGAGAACAGAAACAAGGACAAACUAUCCAAACAUCUUCAGGAUUUCCAACCUUGUUAUGUAUAUCGUCAUCAUUAUCCACUGGAAUGCAUGUGUGUUCUACUCUAUUUCUAAAGCUAUUGGAUUUGGAAAUGAUACAUGGGUCUACCCUGAUAUUAAUGAUCCUGAAUUUGGCCGUUUGGCUAGAAAAUACGUAUACAGCCUUUACUGGUCUACACUGACUUUGACUACCAUUGGUGAAACACCCCCUCCUGUGAGGGAUUCUGAGUAUGUCUUUGUGGUGGUUGAUUUCCUCAUUGGAGUGUUAAUUUUUGCUACCAUCGUUGGUAACAUAGGUUCUAUGAUUUCCAACAUGAAUGCAGCCAGAGCAGAAUUUCAAGCAAGAAUUGAUGCUAUCAAGCAAUAUAUGCAUUUUCGAAAUGUAAGCAAAGAUAUGGAAAAGAGGGUUAUUAAAUGGUUUGACUACCUGUGGACCAACAAAAAAACAGUUGAUGAGAAAGAAGUCUUAAAGUAUCUACCUGAUAAACUAAGAGCAGAAAUUGCCAUCAACGUUCACUUAGACACAUUAAAAAAGGUACGCAUUUUUGCUGAUUGUGAAGCUGGUCUGUUGGUGGAGUUGGUCUUGAAAUUGCAACCCCAAGUCUACAGUCCUGGAGAUUAUAUUUGCAAGAAAGGGGAUAUCGGACGAGAGAUGUACAUUAUCAAGGAAGGCAAACUCGCUGUGGUGGCAGAUGAUGGAGUCACUCAGUUUGUGGUAUUGAGCGAUGGCAGCUACUUCGGUGAGAUUAGCAUUCUUAACAUUAAAGGGAGCAAAGCCGGCAAUCGAAGAACUGCCAAUAUUAAAAGUAUUGGCUACUCAGACCUGUUCUGUCUCUCAAAAGAUGACCUCAUGGAAGCUCUAACUGAGUACCCAGAUGCCAAAACUAUGCUGGAAGAGAAAGGGAAGCAGAUUUUAAUGAAAGACGGUCUACUGGAUCUAAACAUUGCAAAUGCUGGCAGUGAUCCUAAAGAUCUUGAAGAGAAGGUUACUCGAAUGGAGGGGUCAGUAGACCUCCUGCAAACAAGGUUUGCCCGAAUCUUGGCUGAGUAUGAGUCCAUGCAGCAGAAACUGAAACAAAGAUUAACCAAGGUUGAGAAAUUCCUGAAACCGCUUAUUGACACAGAAUUUUCAACUAUUGAGGGAACUGGAGAAGAAAGUGGGCCCAUCGACUCUACAUAGAACCGAAAAGCUGGUCAUUAACAGGGACAUGCCUCAUGAUCCUUUUGAUCCUGUGACUGACAUCAACUAAAAUUUAAAAGAAGAGGAAGACUCAGUUGGGAAAUUUUUCCAUGAGGAAAAUGUGCUUUGGUGCAAGGUACAAGGCCCCCACCCUCUCUGAGAGAUACUAUGAUUAAAAAAGCUUUGUAUCUUGGGAUUUUUCACAACUGAUAAUGUGCAAAGAUACAAACUGAUUAACUUGUCAGUGUCUGUAUCUUCUGAUUUUUUCACAUAUGCUCAUUUUAUGUAAUAAUCUUCAUAAAAAUGAAUAAGUAUCCCUCAGUUUCAUGCCAUUUCCAUUGUUGAGUGAAGUGUAUUUGAAGUAACUGAGAAUUACCAUGUACAUCAUAUAUGGGAUAACAUUUUAAAAAAUUAGACGGCAAUAAAGUAAAAUUAAUUAUGCAA